UUAAGCAGAAAAAGAAAAAACAAAUCCGUUCUGCUUGUGAAAAAAAUUUCAGAAAAUAAACACCUCAGCUUGCAAUUUAGACAGUGUCAGCACAAUCCGUUCUAAAUCCGAGGCUCUCUAGCACGGAAUCGCAUUGUAUUUCCCAUCGAGAUCUGCUUUAAGCACUGCAAUAUGUCGUCCGAGGAGCUGGCGCCAAUUAACGAGCAGGACCUUAAGGAUCUGAAGGAGCGCAUGAAAUUGAUUGUGGAGGCAGAUCCGAAGCAAUAUCAUAACGAAUUUUCGCUUCGGCGCUAUCUGCGCGCUUUUAAGACCACAGAUGACGCAUUCCAGGCCAUCCUGAAGACCAACAAAUGGCGCGAGACGUACGGAGUGGACGAGCUAUCCAAGAUGGACCGCAGCCAGCUGGACAAAAAGGCACGCCUGCUGCGCCAUCGUGACUGCAUCGGCCGCCCGGUGAUCUACAUUCCGGCCAAGAACCACAGCUCGGAGCGGGACAUCGACGAGCUGACUCGCUUUAUCGUCUACAACCUGGAGGAGGCUUGCAAGAAGUGCUUCGAGGAGGUCACCGACCGCCUAUGCAUCGUCUUCGAUUUGGCGGAGUUUAGCACUAGCUGCAUGGACUAUCAGCUAGUGCAGAAUCUCAUCUGGCUGCUGAGCAAGCACUUUCCGGAGCGUCUGGGCGUCUGCCUGAUCAUCAAUUCGCCGGCGCUGUUCUCGACUAUUUUUCCGGCCAUUCGUGUGCUGUUGGACGAUAACACCGCCAAGAAGGUGAAGUUUGUGGGCGAUGAGGUCGAGCUGUGCCAGUACCUCAUCCCUGACAUCCUGCCAACGGACAUGUAAGGCUACCGCCUCGAAAUCAGCAUUAAAUGGAGCUCCAGUUAGGUGUAGACAUAUCUCCAAAAAGAAAACCGAAAACAGUACCUAAGUUUUAAGUUCGCAAGGAGGCUGCUACUCUAUGUGAAAAUCGAUGUGUUUAACAAGUUGAUUGUAAAAUGUAUUUUAUUGGACACACCAUUAAUACAAUGCUAACUAUUUUAGAUAAAGGUUUAUCUUGUAUGUGUAGUAUCUAUAUACCUGAAUUCGUACCUAUAUGUAUACAUAUAUAUGCAAGUGUCUAUCUGUACAGCAAAUAAAGUUGUAAAAAAUA